AUGUCUUCCCUGGAUGGCUGGACGGCGUACGAGUACUGUUCCUCCAUGGGCGCGGCGGUCCUCUUCGUUAUCCUCCGUCGUCACGCUGCUGCCACGCUGCUUCUGGUUGCGCCGGCGUUAUUCGCAGCGAGCAUUUAUAUGGAGCUUCGGCGGGUCAUCAUUCUGGUGAAAGGAGCCGCGAUUAUGGUCACCAGAACGAGUGCCUCUGGAGGAGGUAACUUCGCAAAAAGUGGCCAGAAUGUCAUCAUUGGCGGCCUGGUGGUGCGGAUCGUCUUCUUCGGCUUCUCCUUGAUCAGCGCGCUGGAUUUCCAGCGGAGGUUGACUUCGCAUCCUACUGCAGAGGGUGGGGCUGCUCAUACCCCCAAGCGAAAAACUUUGCACGCUUUGCACACUUCCAGCAUCUUGGUACUUGUUCGGUCCGUCGUUCGUGUCGUGGAGUAUAUAGAGGGAACCGAUGGAUUUCUCAUGAGCAACGAGGUGUUCAUUUAUGUGUUUGAUGGGUUGUUGGUGUUUGUUCUCAUGGUGAUUUUUGUUGUAAUUCAUCCGAGCGAGGUCAAUUGUCUCCUUGGGCGGGGGGAAAUUAUGACGAUGAAGGGCGGGUUGAGCGUCUCCGAGGGGUCGAUGUUGGUGUAA